GCGCAGUCCUGCUUUCCUCCCUCCGUUUCCCUCAUUAACAGAGGCACCGUUUCCGGGCUCGAAGUUCCUUAGUAACAAUGGAGCCUAAGAUGGCCGCCUGAGAGGACGGAGCGCAGGAAGGGACUCAUCGGGGGCCGCUUCUGAAUCAACUGACCGAAGAGGAGGAGGAGGAGGAGCAGAGGACAUUUCCCCAACUUUUACCAAGAUGGAAAGCUCCGAUUCUAAUAAUAAAGGGAGUGUCGAUCAAUCCGAAGCACAGCGUCGGAGUCAGCUGGACCGAUUGAAUCGGGAAGAAGCUUUCUAUCACUUUGUAAAUAAUCUCAGUGAGGAGGACUACAGGCUAAUGAGGGAUAACAACUUACUAGGCACCCCUGGUGAAAUUACUGAAGAAGAAUUGCUAAGAAGGCUGCAGCAGAUCAAGGAAGGUCCAUCGCAGCAAAACAUGGAAGACAAUAGAGGUGCAGAGUCUCCAGAAGAUGUAUCGAAUGGCGAUUCCAUAAUAGAUUGGCUUAAUUCGGUUCGGCAGACUGGGAACACGACACGAAGUGGGCAAAGAGGAAACCAGUCUUGGAGGGCCGUAAGCCGGACUAACCCAAAUAGUGGGGAUUUCAGAUUCAGUUUGGAAAUAAAUGUCAACCGUAGUAAUGGAAACCCAGCCUCAGAAACCGAGGCUGAGCCUUCUGUAGAGCCAUCCAGUGGAGAAGAUUUAGAAACCAACCAAAGUGACACUGAGACCCCACGGUCUGACUCUCCUCCUCCUCCUCCCCUUCCUCCUCCCCCGAUUGUAAGCCAGCCUGAACCAGAAACCAGUCCUCCUGAAGAGCAAACUGAGGAAGCUUCUCCUCACAGAGGCCAGAGAAGAUCAAGAAGCAGAAGUCCUGAGCAGCGGAGGACGCGAGCAAGGACUGACAGGAGUAGAUCACCUCUUAAUCCAGUGAAUGAAUCUCCUCCGCGUUGGGUGCAUCAUCAUACACCAUCUGUAGUGCCUGACCUGUCCCCAACAAGUGAAGCUGAAGGAAGCUCUAGAACAAGGCAGCACAUGGUGAUAAGGCAACAUGCAACUGCAUCUGAGAUGCCCACUGAAAACACAGUGCUCUUCUCAUCCCCAGAAGCAAGACCUGCUCCUCAAGCAACUGGUUCUUCAGAAACAAACAGCAGUGCAGAGUCUGCAGCCCCUGGACAGAGGCCUCCAACUAUUGUCCUUGACUUACAAGUGAGACGGGUGCGCCCGGGAGAAUAUCGCCAGAGAGACAGUAUAGCCAAUCGAACCCGAUCAAGGUCCCAGACCCCAAACAACACCGUCACUUAUGAAAGUGAGCGGGGAGGGCUCAGGCGCACGUUUUCCCGCUCGGAGAGGGCAGGAGUAAGAACUUAUGUCAGUACCAUCCGGAUUCCCAUCCGUAGAAUCUUAAACACGGGCUUGAGCGAGACGACAUCUGUUGCCAUCCAGACCAUGCUGAGGCAGAUCAUGACUGGCUUCGGUGAGCUCAGUUACUUCAUGUACAGCGACAGUGAAGCAGAUCCUGGCGCGCCAGCCCCAAACCCUAGUGUUGAAAUGGCGGAGCCACCGAACGGAGGUGGCAGCGGAAGCAGUAGUUCAAGCAGUGAAGGCCCUGAGGCUGGACCAGGGGAGGCCUUUGAAAGUAGCAAUGAAGGGGGCUCCACACCUGGCGCGAGGCGGGAAGGGCGGAAUGCCAGGGGCUCCCUUACUUUUGAAGAAAGUGGUUCCCUGCCCUUCCUUAGUCUGGCACAGUUUUUUCUGCUCAACGAAGAGGAUGACGACCAACCGAGAGGACUCACCAAAGAGCAAAUCGACAACCUGGCCAUGAGGAAUUUUGGUGAAAGCGAUGCUCUGAAAACCUGUAGCGUGUGCAUCACGGAAUACACAGAAGGCAACAAGCUUCGGAAACUGCCUUGUUCCCACGAGUAUCACGUACACUGCAUAGAUCGCUGGCUGUCAGAGAAUUCUACCUGCCCCAUUUGUCGCAGAGCUGUCUUGGCUUCCAGUAAUCGAGAGAGUGUUGUCUAAGCGAGUGUUGUGAACUUUUUAGCUGACUACACAGAGUGCUAAUGGCUGGCGAAGAUGCCGCUUUCCUCUGGCCACUUUUUGUGUGGUGGUAAUCAAUGUAAAGCAAGGAGAUGGUGUGAUCCUCCCAAACACAAACAAAAUUUACAAAACGAAACAAAAACACCCCAAACCCAGCACUUUCAUAGUGGAACCUCCACAAGUAGGGUUCCCAAAAUAAGGCUGGGUUGUGUUAACCAUUUUUUUUAAAGAAAGAAAAACCGAAACAAAACACCGCAUUUGCCCAAAGACACUUGCCUGUUAUGUAGUUUCUUUCUUGCCACACAAACAAGGUUCACAUUUGUCCUCCUCAACCCGGUGUGUAGUGAAAAUGCUGGAAGAACUCAGUGCUCCGCUCUUCCCUGUGAAGAAAUUACGGGAGUCCUCCAGCAACGUGCAACCCAUUGCUUCAUUGUGGAUUAAAACAAAAACAAGCUCUGCUACCUUGACAGAACGGUGAAAUUGCACCCCAAGUAUGAUUUUAGCUCCUUUCCUGUAUAGGGUACUGAAUAUGGUAAUGUAAAUAACACUAACGUUAGCCCCUCUUCUCACUGUACAGCUGUCUUAAGCCCAGCACUAUGGUGUGCCAUAGAACGAGCUGAUAGUUUAAUGGGGAUAUUUAUCUUGCUGUGGAAAUAUAUUAAUUAAUUGCUUAUGCUUGUUUAAAUAAACACUUUUGUUUUAAAAACUGUAAAUGCUUUUUGUACAGGUCAGUAACUUUUCCAUUGCACUGCUCCACUAACGCAUUCGAAGUGAAAUCUAUGUGGGGGUUAGACAUGAGAAUGUGUCAGUGUGACUUCUCCAAGCCCAGAACAAACAAGAGGGCAAAGCGCUGUCUGCAGCUGAGGCGGCAUCUGCACUGCAGAAAUAGUGCAGUUGGACACCGCUUUAGCUGCCAUGACUCAGUGCUGUGGAAUUCAUAGUUUCUUGUGGUGCCAGAGCGCUCUGACAGAGAAGACCAGUUGGAAGCUCCAAAUCCCAUAGCAUUGAUCCCUGGCAGUUAAAGCCAUAUCAAAUUGCAUUAUUUCUGCAGUGCAGAUGCAGCCUAUGUUUAAAACCAGAGUGCUCCUGUAAUGUAGGCAGAGCCAAAGCCAUACAGCACAUGGGAGGAGGAAUGCCAGCUGUCCUGGGUUUGGCAGUGGCUGAACAGAGACAAAUGGGAGACCAGUGUGCUGCUGUGAGGCCAUUUCUCCUCUGAAUGCUUGUAAUACAAAGCCAUGUCAGCUAGUGUUGCUUGGGAGUUUGGCUUCAAAGCCAUGUCAGCUAGUGUUGCUUGGGAGUUUGGCUUCAAGCGUGUGCAGUUCAACGGUCCAGGUCCCCUCCUGGUUUUUCAGAGCAGUAAUUGGUUGCUUUAUUUCAAAACUUUGGCAAUACUGACAGUGUUCUUUGCUCCAUUGAUACGACUGGACCAGGGGUAGCCAUUUUCUCAGGGUUGGGCUGGCGGCUGUCUGUCAGGCACUUGCUGCAUUGGGAGCACCACUUUCCCCAUUUGUCAUGGCUCAAAUUCAGCAGUGACUCUGGUUUAGGAGGAUGCUGGAGAAUCUUCCUGCUCCACAGAAUCCUUGUAGCAGAGUAAUAGAGAGCGGAGAGAGAAAUGGCUCAGUGGCAGAUGGUGAUAGCAGCAAUAGAGCAGGGGGCUGCAAUGGAGACCAAAAACAAAGGGUCCCAUGUAACAACCCUUUUGUUACCAGCAGGGAUGUGUGAGGUGUCACUUGACUGCAUCCACACUGCAGAAAUGACGCAGUUUGAUACUGCUUUAACUGCCAUGGCUUAACGUUACGGAAUUCUGAAAACGAUAGUUUGUUGUGGCACUGGAGCCCUCUGACAGAGAACCCCAAAUGUCUCACGAAGCUACAGAUCCCAGGAUUCCACAACAUUGAACCUUGGAGGUUAAAGCGGUGUCAAGCUGGAUUGUUCCUGCAGUGUGGAUGCAGCCCUUCUCUCCUGCCCCAAGUGCUGCGGCUUUUGACUUCUGCACAGCAGCUCCUUCGCAGUGGCUUGGGUGUCUUUCUAAACUAUGAAGCGGGAUUAUUAAAACCUAGUGCCACCUCUAAAGCUUAGUUCCUGAUUUUGGGGUGGAAGCAAAACUAGCAGAAAUAGUCCUUUUUUAUUCAAAGAAAUCAUUGACUUUGGUCAGUCUAAAUCUUGUCAGUUCAUGUAUCCAUAAAAGUUUUUAGACAACUGUUCAGAAAUCACUUUACAAAUCAAAUACUCUUUCUUGAUUACAUACUAGGAUUCAAGCUUUACUGAGCUAAGCAGGGCUUUGUGUUGCUUUUGCUUAAGGUUUUGAAACUUGAGAAAUCUUCCCUUAGUAUAUGAAAGAAGAGACUUGUUGGGUUUUAUGGAAGCAAGCAGUUCUAGCAGACAGACAUACCUCUCCUUUUCACCUAGAGAAGAAUUUUGUACAAUGCCUCUCUUUCCCUCUCUUUUUGCUGCCUUAAGGACUGUUAGAUUAUGAAUUAAGACACCGUUUUGGGUUUGCGCCUCUCUCAUGGAACAACUGAAAUUAGUUUUUCAAAUUAAGAAUGCAGAUAAAGGCAUUCUGCUCUUGUUGGGACAUGCCUUUGUUUGUUUGUUUGUUUCCCCAAACAUUAAAAAAUGAUUAUUGGA